CUCUUUUGGCUCAGCUCCCUUGUUUACAGCUCACUCAGAAGGCAGCUAAACAAACUGCAGCUGGCCUGACUUGAGAUGCAGAGCACAUUCAGGCACUGCAGAGAAGCGCGGCGAGGAUAGAUGAGAGACCCAGCCUCCACCAUUCAGGAACAGCUUAACUCCCGAGCUGUAACACAAGACCUGCUGCAGAUGCCCGUUUCCCUCCGCCCAGCAGCUCCAAACCCGCCCCACCCACCACAACCUGCAUUAGAACCCCUGCCAAGACGGGAAUCCGUAAGAAGACGUGGCCACGAGGGAGUGCAGCUGCAGUGGAGUGAAAAGGAGUGGAGGCAAACCCUUCCCUGACCAGUGGAUUGGUGCGAACCAUGAACUCUAGCUAGCACGACAGACACUGACCAUGGCGCCUCGGAAGCGGAACCGUCAUGUUUUGGGAUUUCUCUGUUGCUUCCGGAGUAGCGAGCAUCCGGAGAUCACCUUCAAGGACAGCAGCAUGCCUUUGCAGCUCCUGGAAUUCUCCCUGCCCAUACCACCCGCAGAGGAACUCAACGCCAGGUUCGCAGAGCUCGUUGAUGAAUUGGAUCUCACUGACAAGAACCGAGAUGCUAUGUUUGCUUUGCCAGCAGAGAAGAAAUGGCAGAUUUACUGCAGCAAGAAGAAGGAACAGGAUGACCCUAACAAGCAGGCCACCAGCUGGCCUGAUUACUACAUUGACCGGAUCAACUCCAUGGCUGCAAUGCAGACAGUUUUUGCUUUUGACGAAGAAGAGAUGGAAAUGAGGAACACAAUUGUCGAGGGCCUUAAGACAGCCUUGAGGACACAGCCAAUGAGGUUCGUGAUGAGAUUCAUCGAACUGGACGGGCUUACGUGCCUGUUAAACUUCCUGCGGAGCAUGGACUAUGACACGUCAGAGAGCCGCAUUCACACAUCCGUUAUAGGGUGCAUCAAGGCUCUGAUGAACAACUCCCAGGGCCGGGCCCACGUGCUGGCUCACCCAGAGAGCAUUAACAUCAUCUCCCACAGUCUCAGGACGGAGAACGUCAAGACCAAGAUUGCAGUGCUGGAGAUUUUGGGAGCGGUUUGCCUGGUACCAGGAGGGCACAAGAAAGUAUUGCAAGCAAUGUUGCACUACCAGAUUUACGCUGCAGAGAGGACUCGGUUCCAGACGUUACUAAACGAGUUGGACAGAAGCACUGGAAGGUACAGAGAUGAGGUGCACCUCAAGACUGCGAUCAUGUCCUUCAUCAAUGCUGUGUUGAAUGCUGGCGCCGGAGAGGACAACCUGGAAUUCCGACUGCACCUGCGGUAUGAAUUCCUCAUGUUGGGAAUUCAACCAGUGAUUGACAAGUUGCGAAGCCACGACAAUGCAACAUUGGACAGGCACUUAGACUUCUUUGAGAUGGUGAGAAAUGAGGAUGAGAGUGAACUGGCAAAGCGACUUGACAUGGUACAUAUUGAUACCAGGAGCGCUAGUCAGAUGUUCGACCUGAUUCGGAAGAAGUUAAGUCACACGGAAGCCUACCCACAUUUGGUUUCUGUGCUCCAGCACUGUCUUCAAAUGCCCUGGAAGAGGAACGGAACCAACUGCCAGCACUGGCAGCUCCUCGACAGGAUACUGCAGCAGAUCGUCCUGCAGGACGAGAAGGGGGAAGAUCCCGAUGUCGCACCGCUGGAGAACUUCAAUGUGAAGAACAUCAUUCGGAUGCUGGUGAACGAGAACGAGGUGAAACAGUGGAAGGAUCAAGCAGAGAAGUUCAGGAAAGAUCACAUAGAACUAUUGGCCAGAUUGGAGAAGAAAGAGAGGGAGUGCGAGACCAAAACCCAGGAGAAGGACGACAUGAUGAAGACCCUCAAUAAGAUGAAGGACAAGCUGCAGAAGGAGUCGAUGGAGCUGCGUCAGGCGAGAGAUCAAGUGAUGGAACUCAGCGCACGCCUGAAUGACCUAGCAGACUCGAACGGAGUCGGCCUUUCCUUUCCCCUCCCCCCUCCCCCGCCGGGAGGUCCCUUCCCCCCACCCCCUCCCCCAAUGCUGGGCGAGCUCCCGCCGCCGCCCCCUCUGCUCCUCUACGACUUCCCGCCUCCUCCGCCCCCUCCCCCGCCUCCCGGCGGGCCGCCUCCCCCGCCCGGGGCACCCCCCUUCUUCAACUGCGCCAUGCCACCCCCGCCUUGCCCCCUCACCGUCGGCAGCAUGAGGAAGAAGGCCAUCCCUCAGCCGUCUCACCCGCUGAAGUCCUUCAACUGGCACAAGCUGGCAGAGAACAGAAUCGGGGGCACGGUGUGGGCUGAGAUCGAUGACCUCCGAGCCUUCAGCGUCUUGGAUCUGGAAGAUUUUGAGAAGAUGUUCUCAGCUUACCAGAGGCAACAGGACCUGCUCACUAACACUAACCUGCCAAAACAGAAGGAGCUCGGCUCAAAUGAGGACCUCUACCUCACGAUGAGGAAAGUGAAGGAGCUCUCAGUGAUCGAUGGACGCAGGGCUCAGAACUGCGUCAUCCUGUUGUCAAAGUUGAAGCUGUCCAAUGAGGAAAUCAAGCGGGCAAUCUUGCAAAUGGAUGAACAGGAGGACUUGCCCAAGGACAUGCUGGAACAACUCCUCAAGUUCAUCCCCGAGAAGAGCGACGUUGACUUGCUGGAGGAACACCGGCACGAGAUCGAGCGCAUGGCGAGGGCCGACCGUUUCCUCUACGAGAUGAGCAGAAUCGACCAUUACCAGCAGCGCCUGCAGGCUUUAUUCUUCAAGAAGAAGUUUGCAGAACGACUGGCGGAGGCAAAGCCAAAGAUCGAAGCAAUCCUUCUAGCUUCCAAAGAGCUGUCUCAAAGCAAGAGGCUCAAGCAACUGCUGGAGGUGGUGCUUGCAUUCGGGAACUACAUGAACAAGGGCCAGAGGGGGAACGCUUUUGGCUUCAGGAUUUCCAGCCUCAACAAGAUUGGAGACACCAAGUCAAGCAUCGACAGGAGCAUCACACUGUUACACUAUCUGAUCAUGAUAUUUGAAAAAAGCUACCCAGGGAUUCUCAACAUCCAUUUAGAUUUACUCCAUGUACCAGAGGCAGCCAAAGUCAACCUGGUAGAAUUGGACAAAGAGAUCAACAAUCUGAAGAAUGGAUUGAAGGCUUUGGAAUCUGAGCUGGACUACCAGAAGAGUCGCAUGCGGAGCUCUGAGGACAAGUUUGUUCCGGUCAUGAGUGACUUUAUUACCGUUGCCAGCUUCAGCUUCUCCGAGAUGGAGGACCUUCUGACUGAGGCGAAGGACAAGUACUCCAAAAUGCUGAAGCACUUCAGCGAGGAAGAAGCAAAGAUGCAGCCAGAUGAAUUCUUUGGCAUAUUCGACACAUUCCUGCAGUCGUUUGCUGAAGCAAAACAGGACCUGGAGAACAUGAGGCGGAAGAAGGAGGAGGAGGAGCGCAGGGCUCGGAUGGAAGCCAUGCUGAAGGAGCAGCGGGAGAAGGAGCGGCGGCUGAAGAAGUCGCGGGCGGGCAGCACGUCGGAGGAGGUGGGCGAGUUCGACGAUCUGGUGCUGGCCCUGCGCUCAGGCGAAGUCUUUGACAAGGACCUGUCCAAGCUGAAGCGGAACCGCAAGCGCUCGGGCAGCCAGCUGUUGGAGAGUGGCCGGGAACGGGCGGUCAGCAAGCUGAAUUACUGAGCGGCGGGAACACUGCUGCCUCCGCCCGGGAGGGGUUACCUGGACCAGGAGGGAGCUCCCUCCCCUCUCCCCCCAAACCCCCAGCAUCCUAAGACCACACACACACACACACACACAAACACACACACACACACACACACACACACACACACACAACACGCUGCCCUCCUCCCCGACCUCUCUGUCCCACCCGCUCCACCGGAGAAGGAGGGGUUGGCAGCAGAACCCAAAGGAUUCCCUCCUGCCCCUCCAGUUGCCUCCCUCCCCAAAGGUGAGAGCCCGGAUAUUCCGGAAACGACAGAGGGAGCAGCGCCGGGAUCUACAGGAACACCAAGAUGCUCUCGUUAUUGUUUCUGCCAAAGUAUCGACCCGCAUCAGUUCUGGCACCGAAAGCCCCUCCCUCUGGUGCUCAACAUCCCCCUUGUGAUUCUCGAAGGGGGUGGUUGCCAACACGUGCUCGUGCCCCAGGGCACCUUGGCAAGUCGGACCCUUUUUUCGUUGUUUGCAUUCACUUUCGGGGGUCUUUUGGUAUUUAAUUCAUUGGAUGUGGUGGCGUGGAGGGGCAAACAGAAUGGCUCGGCUGAACUCAAUCGGGCAACAGCACGGCCAAAAGAAAAAUAACUGCAGAUGCCUGAAGUCUGAAGUAAAACUGGGAAAUCUCAGCAGGUCAGGCAGCAUCUGUGGGAAGAAAGGCACAAGAGACUGCAGAUGCUGGAAUCUAGAGCAAAAAAGCAAGAGGCUGGAGGAAAGGGGGUCGAGCAGCAUCUGCGGAGGGAAGCCCACUGUCCAUUUCCCUCCACAGACGCUGACUGACCCGCUGAGUUUCUCCUGCUUCUUGUUCCUCACUCUGCGGAAAGGAAAACUAUCAACUAACAAAGGGUCGCAGAACCGAAGCGUCGACUGUUCUUCUUUGCGUGGACACUGCCUGACCUGCUGGGUUCUUCCAGCAUUCUUCUGGUUUUUUUCUCGUUGUUGCACAGCCUGUAGUCUGUUUGCUUCUCCGUCGGGGAGGGAUGAGUUGAGUACCGUGGCCGGUGGUGCUAGAGCAAGAUGAGACAAAACUCUUGCCUACUCUGUCCUGAACCCAGCGCCAUCACCAAGGUGGUGAGGUCCACAGGCAUUGUUGGGAAGAAAAGACAUAGGUGGGGCCUCCCGGAUGACUCUCCAAAGCAGGGUUAAAAAAUAGAACUGUCUGCAUCUCAGGCAGCAGAUCCCCAGUGCUUUGGAGGUCAGUGAAAAACGUAUAAUGCAAAAAAAACAGUAUUAAAUACAGUCAGUGGGUCUAAUCCAACUGUACACACACGUUACCACAAAUAGAUAGCCACAGUUACUGGGCCUAUAUUGUGCAAUAAUUUUUUUUUAAGCUUUAUAUGUACAUAUAUAUAUAUAUAAAAUGUUAAAAUUUUACUUUGUAAGGAGAAAGCUAGUCCUUUUGAAGUGUAGACUUGUCGCAUGAAGUGCGACUAAAAUGUGCAUGUUCCGGUGUUUUAAAAGUCUUUGUUCCAUCGCUUCGACCACUCCCCCCACCCCCACCCCACCACCGCACCCCCCAAUUUGCUCCCGCCAAAUCCAUCGCCGACCCCGGUCAAGGUAUUCACGUUCUUCGAGGCAGGGAGAAGGCAUGUGUGUCAUUUCAGUUCGUAUUUGAAAGGAGGCAGAGACUCGGGCCUAAGGGGACUCACGUUCCUCUCUUCAGCACAAAUCUCAGAGAGAGAGAGAAAGAGAGAGAGAGAGAGAGAGGGGGGGACAAAAUGUUUGAAAUGGCAGGUGUCCUGGCACGUUUGCCCACUGCAGCACUGCCUCCACACAAGGACACAAGGAAAUGGAGAAGGAGUAGGCCACUCAGCCCUUCAAGCCUGCCCCAGCAUUCAAUAUGACCAUGGCUGUUCUACACUGGCCUCAAGUCCUCCUCUGUGCCAGUUCCCCAUAACCCUCAAUUCCUCGAUCCUUCAAAUAUUUAUCUAUCUCCACCUUAAAUAUCUCUAAUGAUCCGUCCUCCACCACCCUCGGGGGCAGAGUGUUCCAGAGAUCUACUGCCCUCUGAGAGAAGACAUUUCUACGCACCUCGGUGUUAAAUGAUCAGCUCCUUAUUUUGUUCUCUUGUUCAUGACUCCCUACUCGUAAAAACAUCUUCAACAACUACCCUGUCAACCCCCCUUAGGAUCACAUGAGAGAUGGAGGAGCAAGUCCCUCCCUGGUGCCAGCCAAAAGAGGGGAGAUUGGAACCAGAUUAGUGCUCUGUAUUGGACCCAGCUACCAGGUUCCUUCACCUCUAGUGGUGUCCAAGGUUCUCAGUCACCCUCUUUUAAGCCAGGCACUGAGAACUGACUGAAAAGAAAGAGACUUACCCUAGUUAUAGCUAAUGAACCCCCACCCCUCGAUAAACUGGGUAAGUUUACCUGACCCAACACUGAGGCAUACAGGUCAGGCCUGUUGUGAAUCUGACCCCCGCUCAUGCUGCACUUGCUAAGUGUCCUGAUGUGGAAUUGACGGUGAAUCCCAUUCCCCCUUCCCUCCAUCCACCAGGAGGCACAAAUCAAAGCUCUAGAUUCACACCCCGGCCCCCAAUCACCCCCAACACAGACCUAUCAGUAUGUUGAUGUAGGGUAACUAACAAUCUGCUGGAGGAACUCAGUGGGCCGAGCAGCACCCGUGGGAGGAAAGGAAUUGUCGAUGUUUCGGGUCGAAACCCUGCAUCAGGACGUUGUUCACUUCAGAUGCUGCUCGACCCGCUGAGUUCUUCCGGCAGAUUAUUUGUCGGUCCGGAUUCCAGCGUCUGCAGUCUCCUGUGUCCCUCAGCUGAUGUAGAGUGACACGUUUGCACAGGCGAUUGGACUCUCAAUGGCUUUUGAAUGAAGAGCAAAGAAUUGGAGCACAAAAUGCAACCAAUUCGUAUAAAGGUACCUUAACCAUUCGGAGAAUGUGGACACGAUUGGCAGUGCAAUCUUUAUUGUCCAUCCUUAAUUACCCCCUGAGCUGUGGGGCAAUUAAAAGUCAAUUAUAGUGUCUGGAGUCACAUACAAGCCAGAAUGGAUAAGAAUAGCAGAUUUCCUUUGCCAAAGGGUAUUAGAUUCAAAGAAAGUCUACUAGUUCCAUGGUCACUAUUACAGACGCUAGCUGUUUUUAAAUUCCACGUUUGUUUAAUUACCUACAUUUAAAUUCCCCAGUGGCCGGGGUGGGAUUUGAACUCGUAUCAACGGUUCAGGCCCAGCAAUUUAACUACCUUGCUACCAAGCAAGCGAAGGUGUUUGUGGCCUUGGAGCCACAGAAACGUAGAGUCACAGAGCGCAGAAACAGGCCCUUCGGCUGACCAUAUCCGUGCCAGCUAUGAAGCAGCCAUCCACACUCAAGCAACACUCAAAGGCACAAACACACAAACUCAGCAGGUCGGGCAGCAUCUAUGGAAGGAAAUGGACAGUCGAUGUCUCGGGCCACGUCGGCUGCGCGGAGCAGUCCAUGUUCCGAACCUAACCGAGCGCCAGUCCCCAGCUCUUUCUCCGCUGCAUUGACGACUGCACUGGUGCCUUUUCCUGUGCCCGUGCAGAGUGUGUCAAUUUUAUCAAACCCGCCACAGAUGAAGGGUCCAGACCCAAAACGCCGAUUGUCCCACUUCCCUCCACAGAGGCUGCCCGUCGCACUGAGUACCUCCAGCGCCUUUGUUGUUGCACCAGGUUCCAGCAUCCCCGGUCUCUUGUGUGUCGAUCUACACUCAUUCCAUUUACCAUGGCCUUCUAUUCCUUGGACGCAGCUGAUUCUUUGGUGCCGUCUGAAUUGGCAUGGCAUUCAGCUCAAGGGCCAAUCAGGGAUGGGCAACGAACGCUGCCCUUGCCCGUCCCGUCAGCAAGAAAACAGAUCACGGGGCUCACAGGCAGUGACAUGUGUAAGGGGAAGCUGGAUGCUACCCUUGAGUAACAAGCACUGAGCCAACUAGAACACAGCCAAACAUAGCAGAAAGUACAUAGAGCCCAAGGAAUGGUAGCAGUGAGAGGUCAUUCAGACGUCAGGCAUGUCACGGGAAAACAUUAUUGGUUGUCCUGGGGUACCAUCAGGGAGUAGAGGGAUUAUUAAUGCUGGUAGGCAUUCCUCCAAGAUCCUAGAGAAAGGAUAUUAUUUCUGCAGAUGUGCUAACCAGAGACUCCCAUGUAUAUUUUGAAAACUGCAAAGGACAUUGAAUACUCGCUGAAUUGGACCCCAGGGAGAGGUGGAGAGGAAAAGGUGGCUGGAUCUGAAGACAAAUUCACCGAUGAAGGAUUACUGCUAGAUUACGCCCAAUUUGUUGGCUGCAUAAUCCUUCUAGCCGCCUCACUUUGAAACAAGCCGAUUUAUAGAGUGGGACGUAAGGCUGUGCCUUAGUGGAGUUCUGGGCUCACAAUCCACAGAACCAAGUAUGGAAUAAGAUUAAUAAUCUGGAAUUUCCAGAAAAAAAAAUACACUAAAUCGAUAGGUUUUUGUAAAGAUCCUUUCUGCUUUUGAGGGGAGGAAUCUGCCAUCCCUAACUGGAUUGGCCUGUGUGUGACUACAGACCCAAGAUUGGUUUAUUAUGAUUAAGUUCUAGUUUAUUGUUGCCAUCAGCAUACAAUAAACUUGAACUUAAUAAUAAUUGGCAUACAUACAGGGUAUAAAUAGCGGGAAAUUAGCUUUUAGCACAGUACAUUGCAAGACAAGGACAGACAUGUUAACAUAUACGUAAAUUAUUUUCACAUGUACCAAGAUAAAGUGAAAAGCUUUUGCUUGAGUGCCAUCCAGACCAAUCCUGCCAUACAUAAUUACAUUCAGGUAGUAUAAAGAAAAGCAGAAUGCAGAAUUUAGUGUUGCAGUUACAGAGAAAGUGCAGUGCAAGUAGAUAAGUAAAGUGCAAGGGCCACGACGAGGUCGAUUGGGAGAUCAAGAGUUCAGCCUUUAGCGUGUGAGAGAUCCAUUCAGGAGUCUAAUAACAGCGGGAUAGAAGCUGUCCUGAAGUCAAUGUGAUUGAGAAGCCAGAGGCAAUGAGGGGAGAUGGGCUGUAUAGACCAGAUUUGCCAGUGAUGCCCUGGAAAAUGAACCAAUAAAAUAAACCUAUCAGACGUUUCACCUUAAGUGGUGAAUUUACCUUCAGUUUGUGUGUUUUAAGCAUUCAAUUGAAGGGCAGUUACCUAGAGUUCCAAUUGCAGAAGUCUUCAGAGACAGAAGAGACCGCAGAUGCUGGAAUCUCAAGCAAAAAACAAACUGCUGGAGGAACUGCUCGACCACUGUGUCCCUUCAGCAGUUUGUUUUUUGCACAAGUCUUUCUUUUUCCCUGCAUUGAGAAGUGACUUUUCUGAAACUGAAUCAGAGUUAGGACGGUUUCCGGGUCAGUUUAAUUCAUUCAGAAAUUUCGAACGAGCGCCUUCUGUCACCCUUAUGACCCCAACAUGAAGUUCAGGUCAGCAAGAUGAUGUUAUCGAGGACUAUAGAGGAAACUGGGGGUUAUGGAGAACAGAUGGAGUUGAAGCCAACAAUCAGAUCAGCCGCAAACCUCUUGAAUAGCAGAGUGGAGGUGAGGUCCCAAAUGGCCUCCUGUUUCCUGACUGGAAGACAACGGUGGGUGGGGACUCUACAGGCAACAGAAGUUCACCGGUUACCCAAGGGUAGACCAGGAUAGUACGUCCAACAUCUUACAGACAGUUGGACGUACUACAGAUAGUUAGAGCUGCCCCACAGGUCCAGUGACCUGGGUUCAACCCUGACCUCUGGUGCUGUCUGUGUGGAGUCUGCACGUUCUCCUUGGGUCUCCUCCAACUCUGGUUUCUUCCCACAUCCCAAAGGUGUGCGGAUCAGUAGGUUAAUUGCCUAUUGUAAAUAGCCCCCUAGUGAGUGGUAGAAUCUGGGCGGGAGUUGAUGGGAAUUUUGGGCGAAUAAAAUAGGUGAUUAAUGUGUAGGUCAGUGCUCAAUGGUCGGCAUGGACUUGCUGGGCUGAAGGGCCUGUUUCUGUGCUCUUUGAGGAUCACUGCCUGUCUUUAUUCGUACCGAAUCCAGAAUGAACUGACCCCUGACCCUGAAAAACAAGUAAAACUGCAAAUUUUAGAAUCCGAAACCGAGCAAGAAAGGCUGGACGAUCAGUGAGUCAAGCAGCAUCUGUGGAAAAUUACUCACCAGAGAUACACUGAGAGGGAUCAUCAGCCUGAGUGCUGAGAGGCUGUUUCCUUAAGCUGGAGAACCUGGAAUUAGUAUUAGUCUCAGAGAGGGGGUGAGUCAUGGACUCAUACAGCAUAGAAAUAGGCCAUUUGGCCCACCAUAUCCAUGCCAACGUGGUGAGGUGAGGAGGACCAUGAUGCUCAGUCACUUGGCAGGUUCAAGAUGAAGAUCUUGGACCCUGCUGGAAUCAGGGAAUAUGUGGAUUGGGCAAAAAUGUGGGCCAGGCCCACAACCAACUAUGAUACUAUUAAACAGUGAAGCAGGCCAUGUAGCCCAUUCCUGCCCCAUUUCUUAGGCUCCUGUUCAUCGUCCAGUUGCAAUGAUCAUUUGGCAACAAGCUGGUAUUUAGACGGUUUAGUUGAUGGACUUGAGGACACCAAAGAGGAGCGGGAGAAGUCUGUCCACCUCUUUGAGCCACAGACGCCAAAAUCCGGAGCAGCACACAAAACACUGGAGGAACUCAGCGGGUCAGGCAGCAUCUGUAGAGGGAAAUGGACAGUCAACAUUUCUGGUCGAGACCCUUCAUCUGGACCCUUCAUCCAAUCCAGAUGAAGGGUCUCAACUCGAACUAUUGACUGUCCAAUUCCCUCCAUAGAUGCUGCUUGACCUGCUCAUUAAGCCUGCUCUGUAUUCAUCGAGACCCUCACCAAUCUUCGACCUCAGUGGCCAUUUUCCUGUCUUACUCCCCGUACCCUUGAUUCCCUUUAAUGUCCAGAAAUCUAUUGAUGGCAGUUUGAAUGGCUUUCUCGACAUGAGAACAUCAGAGCAGGAGUAGGCCAUCUGGCACUUUGAGCCAAUAUCAAUCUCUGUUUUGAAUGAACACAAUGACUGAGCUCCCAGGGUAAAGAAUUCCAAAGAUUUACCACCUUCUGAGUGAAGAAAUUUAUCACAGUCCUAAAUGACCUUCCCCUUAUUCCGAAACUGGACUCUCUGCCAGGGGAACUAUCCUUCCUGCACUUAGUAUGUGAAGCAUUCAAGCAUUUUGCCUCUUUCGAAGUGAUCUCUCAUUCUUCUAAACUCAAAUCAAACUCUGGGUAAUAGGGGUUUAAACGGGGUUAUCAUGACUCUCAGUUAUCCAUUUCAGUUUUUGUGCAGAGAGUUCAAGGGCAGGGAGUAGGGGUUGGCUGUGGAAAGCGGGGCUUGAUUAGAGUCUUUGGGAUCCAAGCCAGUAAAGUCGGUAAGUCGAUUGUGCAGUGGGAAGACUGUAAAAAGUAGGCAGCCAACAUUGAUCUUGCUCAGUAACACAAUUCAAGCAUUAUUGGUGAAAUCACUAAGUGGAAUAUCAAGCCAGGACACAUUAACAGAAUGAAAAGCUAGUAUUAGUAAUGAUGACCAUGAAACUACCAGAUUGUUGUUAAUAACCUACCUAGCUGUGGGGAGCAACCCUACUGUCCUUGCUCACUCUCUGCCGAAUGUGUCUACAGACCCACCAAAACGCUUCACACUUAACAGCCCUCUGCAAUGGGCCAGCAGGACAUUCAACCCAGGUGUCGACAAAAACUGUCAAAGCCUCACCUCUGAUGUCCACAUCUCACGUACAAGUUGGCAGUUUAAUUGGCCACUGUAAAUUGCUCCUAGUGAGUGGGUGAAUCUGGGCAGGGCGGAUGAGAACACAGAAAGAGCAAAAAUGUAGGAUUUUUAAAUAUGGGAGGGCGGAGGGGCUUAAUGGUCGGCACAGACUCGGUGGGCCGAAGGGCCUGUUUCUGAAUUUUAUGCCUCUACGUCUCAAAGUAUUAAAAUACCCCACAUCAUUGCAACAGGGUAACUAAGGGUGGGUAAUAAAUCCCACACUCCGCCCCAUCCCAAGAACAUGUAAAUUCUCAGCUGCGGAUCAGCAAAGAUGAAAAUAUACCCUGCAGCUUUAUCUUCAUUUGUUCCUUGGAAGGACAAAGGUUGCAUGUGAGUGCUCACGACAUCUUCAAUGCGAAUUUCAUGUGUUGAUAGUGGAACUUAGAGCCUUGAAGUUGCUGGCAGAAGAUGUCUGACUUCUGCUGAGAGCCAUGAGCUUAAGGUGGUGUGUACCAACGUCAGUUUCUCCAGCGCAGGAUUUAGGAUCAGAUACUGGCUCCCGAUUAUCCUCUUACUCAAGAGAAAAAUCGGGGAUGAGAGGGGAGAGGUCAGUCAGCACAGAGCGACUCACCACUGGACCAGAGGCAAAGACCUAACAUGUUAAGAGUAUUUUUUAUUUAUUCAUUCCUCGGGAUCCGAGCAAGGUCAUCAUUUAUUGCCCAUCCAUAAUUGCCCUUGAGAAGGUGGUGGUGAGCUUGCUUCUUGAACUGCUGCAGUCCUUCUGAUGAAGGUGCUCCCACUGUGCUGUUGUGGAGGGAGUCCCAGGAUUUAGAUGGUGACAUAUUUAAACAGUAGCGUAUAUCCACUUCGGAUUGGUAUGUGACUUGGAGGGGAACCUGCAGGUGGUGAUAUUCCCCUGCGUCUUGUCUUGACUUGAACAUAUAGAACACUACAACACAGUACAGGCCCUUUGGCCCACAAUGUUGUGCCGGCAUUUUAUCCUGCUCUAAGACCUAUCUAACCCUUCCCUCCCACAUAGCCCCCUAUUUUUCUAUCAUUCAUGUGUCUAUCUAAGAGUCUCUUUAGUGUCCCUAAUGUAUCUGCCCCCACAACCUCUGCCGCAGUGCAUUCCACCAUUCUCUGUGUAAAAAAACUUCCCCCUGACAUCCCCCUUAUAUCGUCCUCCAACCACCUUAAAAUUAUGUCCCCUCGUGUUAGCCAUUGUCGCCCUGGGAUAAAGUCUUUGACUGUCCACUCGAUCUAUGCCUCUUAUCAUCUUGUACGCCUCUAUCAAGUCACCUCUUAUCCUCCUUCUCCCCAAAGAGAAAAGCACUAGCUCGCUCAACUUAGUGGUAGAGAGUUUGAGGGGUGCUGUCAGAGUAGCCUGGGCAAGGAACCACUUGCAUUUUGCAGAUGCAGAUACCUCACCCUUCCCCAACCCCUCUGAACGAUGGAACUCCCAGCUUCCCUCUGACCACCCUCCCUCACACAAUGCAUAGGCUGUAAACGCUCAUGCUUGGCAUCGACCAACCGUUGCUACCUGCCAAUCCUCUCCAACCUCAGUGCAACUCCUGAGCCAUGGGUGGGAGCCCUCAGUUCCUCGAAGCUCCGUUACUCAGUGAAUUACACCUCUGAUUACUAGGGCUGAAAAUUGGCAGUGUUGAGCCUUUCAAAACAUGCCUCUUGAGUAAUAGGAGUCGCACAUCUACACCACCUUGCUUGUUCCUUAAGAAUAUUCCAAAGGACUUUGCAGCCAUUUCAAGUGGAGCCACAGCUGUAAUGUAAGGAAGGUGACGGCCAACUGUGGGAAUAUCCUUUCUUUCCCCUGUGUCUUCGCCAAAGCACACCAGCAAAAGCCAAAUGUAAAGUACCUUCACCGUCUCCCACUCCUCUUGCCCACUGGAAGAAACCUUCCCACACCGAAGAUUGCUCCUGGGGGAUGAUCAGAGGACUUCCAUUCCCCUCCGUCUCCCAUCCGUGGUCCUCAGCCCAACCCGCGACCAUUCCGGUUCACGUAGAGGAACAGGUUGCAGGUGAUCAAAGCAGUGUAGUAGAGUUCUUGUGUUGCAUCUGCGAUGAUGCCCUCAAUAUUCCAACUUUUCUACAAACAUUACCGAAAAUAACUGAUAAAACAUAUUUUUUAAAGAAAAAAAAGAUUGUAUUUAAGAGUACAUCUUUCUUGUUUUGUUAAAUAUUGUCAAAUGACAUAAAUAUUUUGAGCUGUGUAUGUAACACAACGGGUAUUCCCAGUAAUAACUAUUAAACAGAAUGGUAACUAUAUCCUUAUACCUUUAGGUAAAUUCAGUUACUAGAAAUGCCACAGAUGUAUUAAACAUGCUGUACAGUACUAAAAGCUGGCCUCUGUGUAAUAUUUUGUGCUUUUUUAAAAAAUAAAGAUAAAUAAAUAUUUCCUCCUUCACU